AUGAGUAAGAAAAUCCAGAUUCCACACACAACAAGCACACGUGAAGAGGAGCAGUGUUUGUUUGUGCUAGGAUCAGUAAAUUAAAAAUUGUUUUUGCUUGGUUGGAUUGGAGGUGUGCACGCAUGUGAUGGUACGGUACGGUGUUGCUACGGCAAUGUUGUGAUAUUUUUGCGUAUAAAGCUUUAAAGAUCAACAUUAUUUUGAACUGAAGCUGUGCACAUGUGAGAGCUUCGUGUUCGAAUUCCUGGUUGGUACGAUAUAAAGCAAGCUCAGAAUGGAUGCUCAACUCCUUGCACAAUUCAGUGCAAUGGGAACCACUGAUCGUGAAGUACUGGUCAAAGAUUUUCAAUUCUAUGUCGGUGGGAACGUGGACAAGCAGAGCUGUGUGUUUUUCCUAGAAAUGAACAGUUGGAAUCUACAAAAUGCUGUCGGUGCCUACUUCGAGUACCAGGCUAAAAGCGAGUCUCUGCCCAGCAUGGCAUUGUUGGCUGAUAUGACGGUUGGCGAAGGAGAGUCAGUUGCUCCGGAGAAGCUGUUUACCAAGCUAUGGCGAUUGCGCAACAAUGGCAUCAGCAGUUGGCCAGAGGGUUGUUACCUAACUUUUGUUCGGGGUGAUAGCAUAGGCCCUUGCACUAGGGUCAAUAUGCCCCCAUUGGGCAGGAACGUCAUGGCUGACGUUCGAAUUUCUAUGCUCGCUCCACGUGAUAGCGGACAUUAUUGCAGCGAAUGGAGAAUGUGCAUGGCGGAUGGUACUUUCUUUGGUGACACAGUGUGGGUAAUAGUACAAGUAGCUGAUGAUGGCUUACUGGACUUGACUCAACAGAUGUCAUCAUUAACAACCAGUGCAGAAGAAGAGCCACCUGCAGUAUUUGCUUCUGUAACAUUGGUGGAGAAUGCCGCAUGCGACCAGUCGCAAGCCGUGUCGCUUAUGGCAUUGCAACCUACAGAUCUCGUAGGACAAUUGCCUACUGUAGACUUAAGCCAAGUUGAGCAGGACCUGUCCGCAUUUAAUGUAUGACGAAGACGCUCAAACGCAAUGUGUACUUGCGUCCCACAAUUACAGCAGCAGCAGCCUGCCGUAGUAGUAGUAGCUAUCGGUAAGUGGACCCAGAACUUGUAGUUUGCAAGAGUAGUCCUUCCAGCCCUCUCCUCUCGUGUCCUGCUAGUCCACUUCUCCUCUCAUACAUAGCUACCCCCAGGUAGUGAUCUGCCCUACUGCCGUAUCCUUACAUUCAAGAAUGAUGUUGCGGCAUCAGCCAUGGUCAACAUGAGGCUAUUCUCCCGUGCAUCAUCUCUUUCCGGUGUCUAGUAAACUCUGGCUUGAUCCUAGUGCUUGAAGACUAAUCCAGCCAUGUACAAUUAACGUCAUACUCAUCAUGAAAACUCCUAAUGCUGUCAUAAAACUAGGGAAAUUCUGAAAAACAUGAGAAUACUCGUGAUCUCAUUUCGCGUGCCUUCCGAACCAUCAAAUUUAGGAAGUUUAUAAUAUAACUGGAACUGAAAGACUCCCUUUUGGAUACGUUUGUGAAAUAUGCAACUGCCUCAAGUCCAUGUAUUGAAAGUCUAUUAUAUUUUGUCUACUAGGUUUUUUUUAUGCUGUGCUAGUUUGCUGAGCUGAUGUGUCCUCCCUCCUCUGCGCCCUUCGCUUUCGGCCUAUAUAUCGAGCGGAACUUGCUGUGUGUGUGUGUGUAUGAAUGUUUGUGUGUGUGUGUGUGUGUGAGAGUGUGUGCGUGUGUAUAUAUGAGUGUGUGCGUGUGUGUGUGUGCGUGUGUGUGUGUGUGCGUGUGUGUGUGUGUGUGUGUGUGUGUGUGUGUGUGCGCGCGUAUAUAUAUGUGUGUGUGUGUGUGUGUGUAUAUAUGUGUGUGUGUGUGUGUGUACCGGUACGUGUAUGUGUGCUGCCAAGUCCUGGCCCGCGCUUGCCUUCCGUUUGGCGUUGCUAGUGCACCUGUCUGUCGCUCUGUAGGGUCUGUGUGCUGUGUUCUCACUGAGAGUGUGGUGGACUGUGUUCUCUAUUCUCUGCUUAUUUCAUGCUACUUCACAGUGCCUGAUUUGCGUGUUACUUUUCACUGGUAUCUGGUGCACAGGUGUUCGCUAGUGCCUAUCUUGAUUCCUCCGCGGAAUCCUUUCUUUCCUACCUUAUAUUUUAAAGAAUUCUCUUCUCAUAACGUCUGGAGUA